AUGGCAUCGCUGACGAAAUCGUAUCUCGCCGCGUACAAUCUCGCGCAGGCCGCUGGAUGGGCCGCGGCGCUGGCCGCCAUGAUGUACAGCGCCGCCACCACCGCCUCCAUCGCUGGCGCCUUCCACUCCGCCUGGCCCCUCGUCUACGUGUGUCAAUUCGCGUCCAUUCUCGAGACCGUGCAUGCCGCCACUGGGCUGGUGCGGAGCGGAGUGGUGGCGCCGCUGGUGCAGUGGGUGGGGCGCAGCUUCGUGCUCUUCGCGGUCGUGGGGCGCACGCCCGCGCUCCACACGCACGCCGCGCUCUUCGUGCUGCUCGCCGUCUGGUGCUGCUCCGAGGUCAUCCGUUAUCCGCAGUACGCGCUCUCGCUGCUGGGCACGUGUCCGCGCACGCUGACGUGGCUGCGCUACUCGGCGUUCAUCCCGCUCUACCCCAUCGGCAUGUUCGGCGGAGAAAUGGUGCUCAUCUACAGCGCGCUGCCAUUCGUCAAGGCGGAGCGGCCCCUGGACUUCCUCUUUGCCGCGCUGCCCUUCCACUGCCACCACGUCCUCAUGGUCAUCCUAGCGGCCUAUCCCCUCUUCUGGCUGCACCUCUACACGCAUAUGUUCCGCCAGCGCCGAUCCAAGCUGCACCCCAGGAGCCACAAGGCAGGCAAGAAGCUGCACAAGGCCAUGGCCAUCGUCCCCAUGUCCCCAGAGAUGUUCGCCCAAACCACCCCCGACCGCCCUGCUGCUGCCGCUGGCGUUCCCACGGCCAAGGGAGCAGCGCUUAUAGGAGCUUCGGGCACAGCAACUGCCAUAGGAGAUGGUGCGUUGCCCUUGGCACAGAGGCACGGCAGCGAUGUGCGUCUGCGCUCUGCUAGGUCGAGCAUAGCAGGGCAAUGA